GCGCCGCGCCGCGCCGAGCCCAGCCGAGCCGAGCCCAGCCGAGCCGAGCCCAGCCAAGCCGCGCCGCGCCGCGCCGAGCCCAGCCGAGCCGCGCCGAGCCGAGCCGAGCCGCGCCGCGCCGCUCCCGCCGCCGCUCCCCCCGCCGCCGCCGCCAUGCCCCAGACGGCCCCGCCGCCGCCCGCCGCCGCCGCCGCACCAUGAAGCGGCAGAACGUGCGGACGCUGGCGCUCAUCAUGUGCACCUUCACCUACCUGCUGGUGGGCGCCGCCGUCUUCGACGCGCUGGAGUCGGAGGAGGAGACGGCGGAGCGGCGGCGGCUGGAGGCGAAGAGCCAGGAGCUGAAGAGCAAGUACAACCUCAGCGCCGAGAGCUACCGCGAACUCGAGUGGGUCGUCCUCAAGCUCAAGCCGCACAAGGCCGGCGUCCAGUGGAAAUUCGCCGGUUCCUUUUACUUCGCCAUCACCGUCAUCACCACCAUAGGUUACGGCCAUGCAGCCCCCAGCACAGAUGGGGGGAAGGUCUUCUGCAUGGUCUACGCCCUGCUGGGGAUCCCCCUCACCCUCGUCAUGUUCCAGAGCUUGGGCGAGAGGAUCAACACCUUCGUCAAGUACCUCCUCCACCGCAUCAAGAAGUGCCUUGGCAUGAGGCGGGCGGAGGUCUCCAUGGCCAACAUGGUCACCAUCGGGUUCUUCUCCUGCAUCAGCACCCUCUGCAUCGGGGCAGCCGCCUUCUCCUACUACGAGCACUGGAGCUUCUUCCACGCCUAUUACUACUGCUUCAUCACCCUCACCACCAUCGGCUUCGGGGACUACGUGGCGCUGCAGAAGGACGAAGCCCUCCAGAACAAGCCACAGUACGUGGCCUUCAGCUUCGUCUACAUCCUGACGGGGCUGACGGUCAUCGGGGCUUUCCUCAACCUGGUGGUGCUGCGUUUCAUGACCAUGAACGCCGAGGACGAGAAGCGGGAUGCCGAGCACCGGGCGCUGCUCACGCGCAACGGGCAAGCCAGCACCGUCCAUGCCACAGACACUGCCUCGGCCGUGCCGGCGGCGGCGGGGGGCGGCGGGGGCGGCUUUCGGAAUGUCUACGCCGAGGUUCUCCACUUCCAAUCCAUGUGCUCGUGCCUGUGGUACAAGAGCCGGGAGAAGCUGCAGUACUCCAUCCCUAUGAUCAUCCCCAGGGACCUCUCCACCUCAGAGACCUGCGUCGAGCAGAGCCACUCCUCGCCCGGCUGCUGUCCGGAGACCCCCUCCAACAGAUGCUUCUGCAAUGCCCGCCGGUCGGCCAUCAGCUCCGUCUCCACCGGUCUCCACAGCCUUGCGGCUUUCCAGGGGCUCAUGAAACGCCGCAGCUCCGUGUAGCCCCUCUCCAUCCCCACCCGCGCCCCCCCAGACCCCACCUCAGCCCCACGGCCAAGGACCUUUCUUGGUCACGGCAGGAGGAAACCACCCUGGGGUCUGGCUGCUGAGGGGGAGGCAGCGGGCUGGGACCCCCGGGGGGGGCCGUGCUCCUCUGCUGGGACUCGGGAGGGAUGCAGGAGCAGCGGCGAGGCUGCCCCAGUCCUCUCUGACGUGGAAAGAAAGGAGCUGCUGGUUUUAUUUUAUUUUAAUUUAAAUUAAUUUUAUUUUAUUUUGCAAAACCACUCCUCAAAAAUGUGAAACUUGAAGAGCUGGAGAGUGUUUUAACCUGAUUGGGGGGGGGGGUGUACGCCUCCACCUCCGGCUGCGAUACCUCUGUGCAAGCGGCUGGGGACACCCCCACGGCAGCCCCACGGCAGCCCCGGCCUGCGAAGCUGCGUGCCACGGCGUAGCCGUGAGCCGGACGCGUGACUGGAGCACCAGAGGCCUCGUGAGGCACGGGGAGAGGAGGACAUGGGGCUCCCAGCACCGACCACAGGCAGCAGCGGGGUCCCGUCCCCUCCAUCCUCUUCCUCCUCCGGCCACGGGGCCAUCCCAGGGGAAGGCAGGUCCCCGGGGAAGCAAGUGAUGCUGCGACGAAGGCGAGUGUGCAUCAGCGGGCAAAUCAGGCUAAGAGGGGCUUAGACGGAGCUUUUUCGAUCGCUGCGCACAUCAGCCUGCCCCUGCGGCCGAGACAACAAGCCUUGAGUCACGUAGGCUGCCGAAAACGCCUGCUGCGACGCGGUGGGCAGCCCUCCGAGAGCUUUAUGGGGUUACUUUGACCCUUUUUAGAUGGGCAAACCUGGGCGCCCCCAGGGUUUUCCUGGUGGCGAGGCAGCGGGAAGCCUGGAGCCAUCCCUGGGAGGCAGGACGGGCAGCGGCAGCGCGGUCCCCUGGGACCCCUGUCUCCAUCCUCCCCCGCGGCAGAGCCAUUACCCUUGGGGAGAUUUUUGGGGGACAAGCUGGGGCAUUAUAAGACUUUUUCACCCUUCUCCUUCACACCCCUGGGUUGCACCGGUCCCCUUUCGACCCACACCCCAUCUCGUCCCAACACCUUGAGCCCAGAGCAGGGGAUGCUCCCAGGGCUUCCCUUGUCUGAGACCCAGGACAUCCUGGGGGUCACCUCCAGCACGGCCACCCCGACAUGGCAAAAGGGGGUCGAAAACUUCUUUCCUUGCCCCCCUCCAUGCAGGGGGCAGCCCCCGGCCCUGCAGGGAGCACCUACAUCGCUCCCAGGACGGUGGUCCCCCCGCCAGCACCCAAAGCACAGGCUGUCCCCCCAACCAGCGGGGGACACUGGGGGACACCGUAACAUGCACUGGCCUUUCUUUGUGCCCCGGGGGUGCCAGGGGGACUUUGGGGACAGCUGAGGUGCCCAGCCCGCCUGUUUCUUUUCUCACCUUUUAACAGAAGAAAACCAAUGUAUUUCUAAUACUUGACGACCUGUACAUACUGUUAGAUACCAGAGAGGAUAUUUAUUAUAAAUCAUAAAUCAUCAUAUCUAUAAAAACCUAUAAAUAUCUAUCAGAAAGGAGUCUCGGGGCGGGGGGGGAAGGGAACUCGUUGAUGACUCUGGGGAAUUUCUUUUUGCUCUCUGCAUCUUUCUCAUCCUAGGGCACCCACGAGGAACCGCGCUCCCCCCAGCAAGGUUUCUCUGGUUCUCAUGCCAAAGUAUAUUUGUACCGCUGAGUUACUUUCCUUAGAGAGAGAAAUAAAGGCUGGUUCAAACCCCG